CGCGGCGUGGAGGGGCGCGCGGGAUGGGGCGUGGGCGCCGGGAGCGCCGGGCGGAGCCUUGAAAAGCUCCCGGGAGGCGGCGGCCCCGCGGCCCAGACGCGCGCAGGGACCAUGCCUGGCAACGGCAGCGCGCUGCCCAACGCCUCGCGGCCGGUGCCCGGCGGGGACGCAGCGCGGCCGGUGCCCUCGUGGCCGGCAUCCGCGCUGGCCUGCGUCCUCAUCUUCACCAUCGUGGUGGACGUCCUGGGCAACCUCCUGGUCAUCCUGUCUGUGUAUCGGAACAAGAAGCUCCGGAACGCAGGAAAUAUCUUCGUGGUGAGCUUAGCGGUGGCAGACCUGGUGGUGGCCGUUUACCCGUACCCGUUGGUGCUGACCUCGAUAUUUAACAACGGGUGGUACCUGGGGCCCCUGCACUGCCAAGUCAGUGGGUUCCUGAUGGGCCUGAGCGUCAUCGGCUCCAUCUUCAACAUCACCGGCAUUGCCAUCAACCGCUACUGCUACAUCUGCCACAGCUUCCGCUACGACAAACUGUACAGCAGCAAGAACUCACUCUGCUACGUGCUCCUCAUCUGGCUGCUGACGCUCGCGGCUGUCCUGCCCAACCUCCACGCGGGGACCCUCCAGUACGACCCCAGGAUCUACUCCUGCACCUUCGCGCAGCCCGUCAGCUCUGCCUACACCGUCGCCCUGGUGGUUUUCCACUUCCUCGUCCCCAUGGUCAUCGUCACCUUCUGCUACCUGAGAAUAUGGAUCCUGGUUCUCCAGAUCCGACGCAGGGUGAAGCCUGACCACAAGCCCAGGCUGAAACCACAGGACUUGAGGAACUUCGUCACCAUGUUUGUGGUGUUCGUGCUCUUUGCUGUUUGCUGGGCUCCUCUGAACUUCAUUGGUCUGGCUGUGGCCUCCGACCCGGCCAGCAUGGUGCCCAGGAUCCCAGAGUGGCUGUUUGUGGCCAGUUACUACAUGGCGUAUUUCAACAGCUGCCUCAAUGCCAUUAUAUACGGGCUGCUGAACCAAAACUUCAGGGAGGAAUACAGGAGAAUCAUAGUCUCGCUCUGUACAGCCAAGAUGUUCUUUGUGGAUAGCUCCAAUGAAGUGGCAGAUGGGGUUAAAUGCAAACCAUCUCCACCAAUUACCCACAGGAAUCUGGUAAAGGUGGAUUCCGUUUAAGAAAGCACCCCCUUCCUGGCCAGACGCACACGCUGCUGGAGGCCUGGCUCCUCUCCGCCUUUGCUUUCCUGUUGACAGAAGUCUAGGAAAACAGAGUGAUGGAGGAGACUUCCAACCUUCACCUGGCUGCUGCCAUGGUUUCUGAGUUAAAGUGCUGUCCGCUUUCUGAACACAUCUCCAGUCUGCCGGUCAAGACGGUUACAUGUUGACUGAGGAAUGAUUCAGGGCUUGGGGGAGAGUCAGCCGCUGGAUGCAUUCAGGUGAAGGACUGUGCGGACAUAUAUCGGAAGUGCCACAAAUGGGCAGUUGCAUUCUUCUCCACUUUAUGAAGAUUUCUAGUGGAAAAAUGAAUAGAGAACUUUAUUUAUAAAUGGAUCAAUUUUUUUUGUAAAUGAGACAACAAAAGGAAAGGCUGAACAUAAAUCAGUUAAUGGCUCAUCAACGAUUACAACCACAACCAACACCACAAACUCUAGGUUGGCAGAAUUAGCAUUGGGUAGCUAUACCUGUGCUCAUAAAUGUUUGCCGCUCUCUGAUACAAGUUGUGCAUGCAGCCAGAUAAAUAACUAAAUUAUGGGCUGAGCAUGGUGGCUCACACCUGUAGUCUCAGCACUCUGGGAGGCUGAGGCCGGCAGAUCACCUGAGCUCAGGAGUUCCAGACCACGCUGGGCAACACGGUGAAACCCCGUCUCUAAUAAAUGUAGCAAAGCUGUCACAUACGGGAGCAAAUUACUGAUUUGCAACUAUAUACAUAAAACAAAAGUUAACUGGAUAUACUUGCUAAUGAUUCUUUUCAUUAAGCAUAUUUGGAAAAUACCAAAUUAUGGCUGGGAUGUGUGUGUGUGUGUGUGUGUGUGUGUAAGUUGCCUACAAAACUUUACCCAAGUUCUAGUUCUUAUCAAAAUCAAACUUACAUAGUAAAGGUAAGAUUUAGGCCAGUGUUGCAAAUUUCAGAUACCCAAACCCUAAAAAGUGAACCAGGCUCAACUGAAUGCUUUCUGCAGUUUAUUUUAUGCUCUUUUCUUGAUGCUUGGUAUGAAUUGCUGUGUUGCUAAGUGUACACAGUGUGAUUCCUUUGUUCUUUAUGGAAUUUUAUUUACUUAUUUCUGUAUUGUACUAUGUUUGAAUUGUAUGUCAGCAGACAUAGUGAAUCGAAAACUGUGCCCUUCAAAAAGUUGCCAAGAGUAUCUUACUUGAAAAUCAAGUGUGUAACUUUAAAAUAUUCAAGUGAUUUUUCACUAUCAUCAGAUAGUUAAAAUAUUGCCAAUGUAACAGCUACUCAUAAAGACCAAAGUCCCAGGUUUCCCCUACUAGAAUCCCCAUGUAGGAGUCUCCUAAUCAUUCAUUCAAGGUAUUGUCUCUGUUCCUCCCUGUAAUAUCAGAAAGUAGAGUGCCCUUAGCUCUGUGUUUCUUUCCUCUUGAAAAACUUAAAUGUGUAAUCAGUUGUGCUUGAUAUUUUUAGUGUAUAAAUUAUUCUGUAGUCUGUUUGGAAGAUUAACUCUUUCAAGACCAUUAGAUUAGGACUUAUCAAGUGAUCUGUUGUGUAGUUCCAGUGGGUACCUGGGUAGUAUCGUGUAGUAUCGCUGGAGAUGUGCUCCUUAUUUAAGGAAGCAGACUGUUUCAUGAAAUCUACUAAGCUGCAUUAAUCAGCUGUCAACCCGUACUAAGUAUCUGCAGUCUGUCAGAGUCGCUUGUUUCCAGCGUAAAUAUCUUUGUCAGUCUCCCCUCUGCCUAUGGGAAUACUAGUGGUGAUGUGAGGGUUGACAAGAAGAUAGUGACAUUUGCCAUGGCGUAUUUGCAAAUUCUAGGAUGAUUUGCACUUGUCUAUAGCUGGGAUUUUAAUGCCUAGACUGGAGGCUUUGUGAGGCCAAAAAUAGUACCUGUGUUAUAACAGAGAAAAAUGCCCCUUUUCAAAAGCACUCAGUGGGAUUUGAGACUCUGGCUAGGCAAAGCCUAUGCAAGGCCACUUGAUGUGGAAUAAGGCUCAGCAUCUCUUACUGUCUUGUCUUUUAUCAGUUGCUGAAUCCUGUGAAAUUAUAAGCAUUCCAUAAUUUAAAUACCUACAUUAACAUCCAGUUGGAUUGCAUAGAUGGAAACAUUUCACCAUUCUAAUUUACAUAGAUUAUUUGAAUAUUAUCACUGGAGAGCUUGCUUCAGCCAUAUUCUCCUAUGGAAAAUCUAAAUCACGUAGGAUUACCUUCUUUUGCCUUUAGUGAAUGUAACUUUUAAACACAUACUGUUAUGUUUUUCUUAUACCUGUUGGAACAGAUUAACUGGGGACAUACUCACUAUACCACAUUAUGUAAGCUUCAUGGUCGUAUAAAAUAUGGUUUUUCUUUGUUUAAAACUAAAGCGUUAAUAGAUACUAUAGAUUGAAGAACAGAAUAACUUCAGGUUGCUCUGUUGUGGGUCUCAUUCCCAAGUAUGUGUGUAUGUGUAAAUCACUGACAUGCAUAAGCAAUCACAUAUUUUUCUGACAAAGCAGCAGAGCAGCUUGAUUUUAAAUAUGCUGGGAGGCAAUUUGACAGGAUAAUCAAUCGUAGAUCUUAAACCCAUAGUUGCUUAGUGACUAAACACAUUCAACGUGAAUGUCACGUAAUGAAUUUCGGUCAUGUUUUGGACUACCUCUGAUUCAUCCCCAAAUACUUCACUGUGAAUAAGCAAAUGCAUUUGGAAUAUGCUUUUCAGUCAGUUUAAAGGACUGAGUUAUUAUAUUUGGGGAUUAUGUGAACAUUAUAAGCAGUACAACAUAAUUUUCAAAAUUUCUUGUUCCAUCCUUUUACUUUUUUCUGCUUUUAUGCUUAUAAUUAAAGUAUCUCCAUUAAAAAAGUGACUGUGUACAGUAUAAAAAGUCCUCUAAUCUCGGCAACGGUAGCACCUGCUUUGCUAUACUGAUUACAAGUUUUUGGAAAUCUCCAGAACUGUAGGGGAACAUUUAGGGAAUAAAUGAAAGUGAUUUUAGUUGUGUCAAAUAUUUAUGUUGCUGAUAAGUGCAUACCUAUUUUACCAAAGGUCUUUAGAAGACCAAAGAUUGAAUGUCAACUAAAUUUGUUAAAUACAGGAAAAGGCCAAAAGGGAGAGAGAGCUAACCAAAUUCUUACUAUCCACAUAAUGUAACGAUAAUUAACAAGGUAAACAGUUAGUAAUGCACUAAAUGAUUACCAAGAGACUGUUGCGGUGGUUGCAGUGUUUAGAGGCCUGUGAUUGCAGCUCCUGUGCUGUCAACGUACUGCGUUCAGGACAUCCCUAACCGGGGUCACUUCGCACUUGUCUACGCCCAGGAGAACAAUGAAGCUAAGUGUGCCGCACCUUGCUUGAAAGUGGUAAAGGAAAUUUUAAAUCAAAGGAACUACAAAAUCAUAAAAAAAAAGCUAACGAUUUUAGAAUCGUGACCCCUAAUCAUAUAUAUUACUGUGUUUCUUUCUUCUUUGGGACAGAAACAGUUUAAUGGAAACAACUAUUUAGGAUUGCUUUUUACUGUUACAGAGUUUAAUGUGAGAGAACAAAUUUGUGUAUGUUGCAUGUGUGUGCGUGUGUGCAUACUGUGUAUUUUAGCCAGCUGCUUUUUGUUUCAGUUGCAAUGUUGUUGAUCUUAGGGAAUAUGAACAGCCUUUGAAGAGAUAAAAGAUCAUUUAGAUGCUGUGUGUGUUGUUAGUAAUAAUGAAAAAAUGCAUUGUUCCUAGAAAAGAGUACCUUUAUUAUGAGGACACAUUUCUAUGUUCUGAUUACAGGACAAUAUGAACACGCCUGUUUUAAAACAAUUGAUUACCAUUGCUUUUAGAAGGAAACACUUGUCUUUGUCCUUUUUUGUGAUUAUCUGGUGCUCUAAUUCCCGAUAGAACGGUUAUAUUGCAGUGUGUGAAGCAGAUGUGUCUAGUUCAGUAAGGAGAAGUGGAGAAAAUUGCUUAGAAUUAAGAAAAUGAAUGGUACCUUUUCUUUCUAUCAUGAUGUUCAGCAAACCCGUAAGAACUCUUGAGUUUUGGUGCACAAAGGGACUAGUGAUUAUCCACCACGCACCAUCCUAAUCAGUACUGGAUGAGCCUCAAUGCUUACGACACAAGAGUAACAAUCAAUUCAACUGCUCAGCUUGCAUAGGAGACCGUAACUGAUUUCCACCUAGAAAACUGUAUCUCCCUUAACUCUCCAACCGUUGUCCUAGAGAAUGUGUUUGCUUAGACAAUGUUUGGAAAACUCAAAGUAGUUAAAUAUAAGAUGUUAACUUGAAUUCUGAUAUUGUUUUACACUGGUAACUAUUUUCUUGCAUUCUGGAUAUAAAUUUUAAUAAAAGGUGAGGAAGCUUGUUUUUACAAAAGAUGAUUUAAUUUUGUAUUUUUGAAAAUAUAGCCCAUGGUGUAGUAUACUUGCAUGUUUUUACCUUUUUUUACUCAUAUCUGUACCUUGUUACUGCCAAGGAUGAAC